UAUAGUUCCUGCCUUCCCUAUCAUACCCAGUUCCCUGGCAACGUGUGGAUGGCAGGAACAAGAGCUAGCAGUCAGAUGCCACAUGCUACCUUACACAUGUCCAGACUGGUGGUACUUUAAACAAGACUUACUCGAGUGGAGUAACAGAAGCUAGCAACGGAGUCCCCUCCAUGAGAGGAUGGGAAAUUCUCUUCUGAGAGAACUCAGUUGCCUGAGAAAGAAUCAAAAGAAGAUCAGGAAGGAAAACUUAGGUGUAAAAAGGAAACGGCAGGAAAUGACCACAUUUGAAGGAGAAAGUCAAGGCCAAGGUAAAGAAUUUCCAUACACUUCUAAUCAGGACAAUGAGAAUGGAAGUGGUUAUGAAGAAGUGUGCUAUACUGUCAUUAAUCUCCUGCCCCUUCGAAGGACCUCCCUGAACUCCAAUAAUGAUGGUUAUGAGAACAUUGAUUCCACCACAAGGAGAGGGAGACCCUUCAAAGCAGAGUUAGAGACAGAAUAUUCCCUGCUUAGGACUUCUGUUAUUGGUCUUUCUUCCUGUACACCUGAGCAUGACUAUGAACUUGUGCUUCCCAAAUAAAACCCUCAGCUUCCUCAUUAUCUUUUGUCAAUGAAGGUGAAAGAACAGCAAACUCUGGGGAACUUCUUCACUUUCGGUAGUUCAUGAUGCAUUCAUUCCUGACCAAGUUUAGAAAUGAUAAAAUUUUACUUUCCUGGACAACUCUCCAUGGUCUGGUGAAGUCAUAUUAAUUCACAUAGUCACAUAUAGUAUUCUACAUGCUUGUGCUUGUAAGGUUUGAGGACACAGAGGUGGUAAAAGAAACCUUCCUAGACAAUAAGAACACAUAGAUAUAUGUUCUAGAAUCUUCUAUUCUAAGCAUAUUCCA